AUGCAGCGGCUUUUCAAUUUUACUCAAAUAUUCUUCUUUUCACUUACUUAUUUGUCGAGCUGGGAGACCCAGGCCCUUGCGGUUCUCACAAAUGGAGGCCCCGAGGCUCUGGCCUGGGGAAUUUUGAUCGUGGUAUGUGGCGCAAUGGCUCAAUCGGCAUCUCUGGCCGAGAUGGCCUCCAUGCAGCCAGUUGCCGGGGCUCAAUAUCACUGGACACAUUAUCUGGCGCCACCCAAUCAGAAAAGGUUUAUCACAUGGAUGCAAGGAUGGAUAACCUGGUUUGCAUGGAUAUCCACACUUGCCGGUGUGGCUAAUACCACAGCGACAAUGAUCCAAGGGCUAGCAAGUGUGAACUACCCUGGCUAUGAGCCAAAGCAGUGGCACCUCACUCUGAUAAUCAUCGGUAUGCUUGUCGUUGAAGCCCUGAUGAACAUGUAUACAUUUUGGCUCAUCCCAUGGAUUGAGAUGCUCGCUGGUAUCUUGCACAUAUGCCUUCUUGUUGUUUUCCUGGUGGUCUUUACAUGCCUGGCGCCUCGUCAUACACCGGAAUUUGUCUUUUUAAGAACGCAGAGUAGCUCUGGCUGGACACCUUUCCCGGCAUGGAAUAUUGGACUAUUAACCCCUGUCUGGGGUUUCGUUGGUGAGGACUACCCUGGCUUGAACAUGGAGAUAUCGCUAACUUUCCUAGGUUUUGAUGGCGCCGUUCACAUGAGUGAAGAAGUAAGACGAGCAAAACAGGCCGUUCCUCGAUCGAUCUUCUACACUGUCGUCACAAAUGGUGUUCUUGCCUAUGCAAUGGUAGUCUGCAUGCUGUUCACAAUGGGCUCGGUAGAAGAGGCGCAGAAGUCAAGCUUCCCCAUUAUCGAAAUCUGUCGUCAGGCAACCGGCUCAGUCAAAGCUGCUACAGCAAUGGUGAGCGGUCUGCUUGUCAUUUCGCUUUCGGUGAAUCUCGCCAGUAUCGCUUCUGUUUCGCGACUCACCUGGGCAUGGGCUCGUGAUGGAGCUCUACCGCAAUGGUUCGCAUUUAUUGAUCGAAAACAUAAUGUCCCAAUACGUGCUGUUUGGCUCCCGGUGCUUGUCGUCAUGGUUCUAGCAUGCUUGAAUAUCGCAAGCUCGGCAGCCUUCGGUGCGUUUGUUGCGCUCGGAUCCAUUGGUCUUUUUGUUUCUUAUUUCAUUGCCAUUGGUUGCAUGGUCCACAAUCGCUUUCAAGUCGAUGCUGCAACAUUUGGAAAUUGGAAUAUGGGACGUUUGGGUCUUCCUGUCAAUGUUUUUGCAUUGGUUUACACUGCUUGGGCUACGGUGUGGCUAGCCUUUCCUUCGACAUUGCCAGUGACCGGUUCAAACAUGAACUAUGCAGCGCCUAUAUUCGGUGCUACUACGCUAUUCGCUGUUGUGCAUUGGUUCGUUAAAGGACGCACUAAUUGGGAAGGAUUGAACAAAGAAACUAUCCGGCUAGUGGUUGAAGGAGGAGAGCUGCAGUUAAAAUAA